AUAGAUGAGAGAAAAUUAGAAUGGAGAAUAGCUUAAAGUUGCAAUGCUGUAACAAAAUGGCAGAGAGCAGACCACUGCAAAAUAUUGCCUGACAUACAAAACAAAAUGGCAGAGCAUAUCACUCUCACCAUCUCUUUUGCCUUAUUCUUUGUCUUGGUUGUGCAAACUUUACGAAAGAGAAAUUAUAUAGUGGGCAAAGGAAAAGAAGCAGAAAUCCCCAUUUUUCUUUGACAAAUCUCGUUUUCCCGUUUUGGCAAAUCUAUCAUUCGUGCCAGUGCUUACUAAUAAUGGCUUAUUAUGUACACUUUAGUUUGCACGAUCUAUAUGCAGCUCCACUGACAAUGACGUUGUAGGUUUUUCUAUAAAGGAUUGUUCAAUCUGAGAAGAUUUCCCCCCACUGGAAGAAGGCGAUAAUUGCAUGGGUUUAGAGGAUAUGAGCAUAUAUGCCUCAAUGGUGGGCAUUAAAGUUUCCUAUGGGGUGAUGGCUGUUCUUCUGGAGAAUGAAAAAUCAAAGGGCAGAAACCUUUUGCCUCUUACUGUUGCCUCUUAUGCUUUGGGGGCUUCUAUAUUGUGCCCCUUUGCCUUCUUUUUUGACAAGGAAAAACGGUCCAAGCUGAGCUUCAGUCUGUUACCUCAGGUGCUUCUGAUAUCUCUCACUGGAGUUUUAGCACAUCAAGCACUGGUGUUAAUGGGGUUGAGUGAAACAUCUUCUGCCUUUACUACUGCCAUGGGAAACAUGGCACCUGCAAUCAUUUUUGUCAUGGCAUGGGCUUUGGGAUUAGAGAAAGUGGACAUUAAACAUUCUCACAGCCAAUCCAAAAUUGUGGGCACAGUGAUGUGUGUGAUGGGAGCAAUGGCUAUGAGUUUCAUCACUGGUCCUGCUCUAAUGGAGGACACCAGGCCUUCAAUACAACAUUCCCAGAUCAGCCCAAUAAAUGCUAUUUUUGAAUUUUUACAGCAGAGCUCUGCCAAAAGGAUCAGAGGAUGCUUUUACCUCUUGGCAGCAGUGAUGUGCUUCUCAUUUUCAAUGAUUUUACAGGUGAACUACCAUUGCUACAUUCACUGCAAUGAUAUCCAGACAAGAAAUAUUAUCCAAAAAGGUUAAAAUCUUUAAACAAAUGGUAAUAUAGAUAUUAGUGGGGCGGUUGAAGAGA